CUAAAUGUAUGUACUCAUUUUGUGAGGAAAAGGACAACCUAUAGUAGUAUAACCCAAUUGUUUUAUUCUGAAAGUGUCUAGCACUGCUGAAGUAAACAAAACAGUGAGAAUUGGACCAGAGAAUGGAAAAUGCCUAUGUCACUCCAACGGAUGGGUAUUAUCUUGCAGAACCCAUGCAGUACUAUGAUAUUUUACCUGAACAAAUCCAUUAUCAAUCAUCUGACACUGAUUUUCAAGAAUCACCUUAUUGCCAGUAUUCUACUGCUCAGUUCCCUCCAACAUUACAGCCCCAAUCGUUGCAAAGCCAUUUCAACACAUAUAGCUUGGAUUCACAGUACAGUGGUGGCGGAUGGUUCGGACUUGAUUCUUGUGAAUUAAAUCAAUCCACUUAUGUGGUUGUUCAUGAUGCUGAAGAUGGAUACCCUGAGAUGCAAAUGUCCAGACCAAUCUGUUCUUCACGCUGGAAGGGACAAGGAGAGCUCUGUGUGGUCUGUGGUGACAAGGCAUCAGGAUAUCACUAUAACGCACUUACUUGUGAAGGUUGCAAAGGUUUUUUCCGACGUAGCAUCACCAAAAAUGCAAUAUAUAGUUGCAAGAAUGGUGGUCAUUGUGAAAUGGAUAUGUACAUGCGCAGAAAAUGUCAAGAGUGCAGACUGAAAAAGUGUAAGGCAGUGGGGAUGCUGGCGGAAUGUUUGCUCACAGAAAUCCAAUGUAAAUCAAAGAGACUUAGAAAGAGCUUGAAGGCGAAGAGUUCUUUUCACUCUGACGUCAAAGUGGAAGAAGAAGGAGCAGACAGCAAACUUGUAUCAUCCACCACGAGAUCUGGAAAAGCGACUCAGCAAAACCUGGAGCUAACUCAAGAGGAGCAUCAUCUUAUCAGUAACAUAGUGGCUGCUCAUCAAAAAUAUAUGAUUCCUUUAGGGGAAACAAAUAAACUUGUGCAGGAAUAUGCCAGCCCUCAAUUAAGUUUUUUGAGAUUCUCAGAGACAGCAGUCCUAUACAUUCGUGGGCUAAUGAAUUUUACCAAGGGACUCCCAGGAUUUGAAACUUUGACCAAUGAGGAUCAGACUGCAUUACAGCAAGAGUCAAAAACAGAAGUGGCAUUCCUUCACGUAGCCCAGCUUUACAGUCGGAGAGAAUCAAUCUUCAAAAGUAAUAUGAGAAUGUCAAAACACUCAGCUCAUAUACUGAAUACCCAUAAUCAUAGUGGUGAUAAAAAUAUUGCUUAUUCUUUGGAAAGCUUUUGCAAGAAUGACUAUCCUUCUGCUACUCUAACUGGUAUUACUAGAGAAUUUAUUGCCUCACUGUUUUACUUCUACAGAAGAAUGAAUGAACUUAGCAUAACUGAUACUGAAUACGCCCUGCUUACAGCAACGACUGUGCUUUUCUCAGAUCGUCCAUGUCUUAAAAAUAAGCAACAUGUAGAAAAUUUACAAGAACCAGUUCUACAAAUUUUAUUUAAAUAUUCAAAAAUGCAUCAUCCAGAUGACCCGCAGCACUUUGCGCAUCUCAUAGGGAGGCUUACUGAACUAAGAACUCUGAGUCACAGCCACUCAGAAAUCCUCAGCACCUGGACAACACAGGACCCUAGACUGGCUACGUUAUUCUCUGAGAAAUGGAACUGGUAUUCACAUUGCUGAAAUUUUAGAAUGUUGUGGUUUGCCUUGAAUUUUCUAAAUCUAAAUUGGAUAACUGACUUGCAAAACAUGACAGGACUGCUGUGCUACCAAUAUAUCACUGACAUCAGAAGGCUCAACACAUUUUGUGGAGCAUCAGCCUCUCAGUAAAUGGACACUGAAGAUUCUUUUCAAGAUUGGAUGAAAAAGAAACAAUAGAGCCAAUGUUCUGGCACAAUUCCUGUACUUGGGAGACUGAGGCAGGUGGAUCAUGAGUUUGAGACCAUCCUGGGCUGUGUAGCAGGAUCCUGUCUCAGAAAAAAGAUUUAAAAAAAUGAGAGCAAUGGCUAUUGCUUUUACUAAAGAAUCCUCACAUGAAGAAACUCCAUUUUUUUCAUUUUACUGAAAACAUAUAAUGUAGACAUAUGAAAAGAAUGUUAGCUAGAGGAAGAAUUUGUACUUAGAAGGCAGUUUGCAUACCUCAUUGAUUAAGGCCAGGUUGAUGGAUUAAGAAGUUAAUGUUCAGAACCUUUUCCUAUUAUAGCACUUCAUGAAUGAUUAAAGGAAAAAAACUCUUAAAUUAUAUUUUUUUGCAUUUUAACUAGUAUAUUCCAAUUAUACAUAAUGAUGGUUUCAUUAUGAAAUUCAGACAUGUAUAUAAGAUGGUUGUAUUUUCCACCUAGCCCCCACCACUCACCUGCUGCUGCUGCCCUUCUUGUCCUCUGAUAGUCUUCUUUCCACUUUCAUGUCUUUAAAAAUGAUAGAUUCACACAUCUGAGAAAACACUUGAACUUGGCCUGAGUCAGGUUUAUUUCACUUAACAUGAUGACCUCCAGUUCUAUUUUUUUUCUGCAAAAUUACAUAAUUUCAUUCUAUCUAAUGAUUGAAUAAUAGUGUGUGUGUAACACAUUUUACCCAUCUACCUUCUGUUGAUGUGUAUCUAGACUGAUUCUAUAUCAUAUUUAUUGUGAAUGGUGCUGCAAUAAACAUGACCCUAGGUAUCACUA